AAAUAUUUUUUUAAAUAACGAAAUUGAAAUUAAAUUUGAUGCCAUAUUGAAAUUGGAACAAUUAAGUUCAAAAUUCGACGCCAUAUUGGAACGAUUAAAAGUGAAAUUCGAUGGUAUUUUGAAUUUGGAACAAACAUAAAAUUCCACGAAUAGUAAAUCCUGAAAUUCUGACGUCUAAUGUACUGACGUAAAUGUUAAUGACUUUGAGAAGAUUUGUAUUUUGGCUUUCGAAGUUCGCUCAAACGAACAAAAUGAGGUCUCUAUUAUUCCUGUGCUUGUUCGUCCUCCUGUGUGGGGCGCUGGCGAAGAGCAAGAAAGAUGAUAAGGUCAAAAUAGCCGUGUACUACGAGUCCCUCUGCCCGGAUAGUAAGAAGUUCAUUACGUCACAACUAGCCCCCGUCUGGCGCGACUUCAGGGGCCUCGUCAAAGUCAAACUCGUGCCUUAUGGAAAAAGUACACACGAUAAAGUUAACGGCAAAUGGCAGUUCAACUGUCACCAUGGACCUGACGAGUGCUAUGGGAAUAAGAUCCAGGCGUGUAUCCUCAAGGACCGCAGCCUCCAGGACACAGAGAAGAUGGAGCUAGUGAUAUGUCUCAUGGGACAGGCGAACCCUGACAAAUCUCUGGACACGUGCCUGGAGCAAGUGAAGCGCGAGGCGGAGUCGGACAAGCUGAAGCGCUGCGCGGCGGGCGAGCAGGGCGGCGCGCUGCUGGCCGCCUACGGGGACAAGUCGGACGCCGUGCAGCGCCCGCUCGCCUUCGUGCCCACCGUCGUCGUCAACGAGAAAUUCGACCAAGCACUACAAGAUGAGUCGCUCACGAAUUUGAAGGACGUCGUGUGUCGCUUGUCCACCACCAAGCCGGCGUCCUGUUAGAUAUAAUACCAAUAUUACUUCUAAGUACAAUUUUAAUACACUUUUA